AAAUGAUCAAAUUACUUUGUCGAUCAGGAAAUGGCAUCAUGGUAGAAACAAACGUUUAUUUUGGUUAUUUUUCAGUUUGUGAACAGCAGAUAUUUUCCAAUCACUGUUUUCUUCCCAGAUCCUGAUUGGAAUAGGGAGAGUGGAUUCCCAGAAUGUUGCUGAUCCUUCUCUCCAUCUCCCUGUGUUUUUCCCGGGUCUCUCCCGAGACUAAUGUAUACAGUGGAAUGUAUACAAUUGUUUCUGGAAUUAAUGACUUUCCUGAGUUUAUAAACAGUGCAACAGUCAAUGGAGUUAUAAUAGCUUCUCGUGACAAUAAAUCCCAGCGGAACAUCCCCAAGCAGCAGUUCAUGGCAGAAUUCUUCAAUGAGAAUUUCUGGGAUUAUGUCACAGAGAUAGUGAACAGACAUGCAAACAUGGCAAGGGAAACAAUGAGUGCAGUAAUGAAGAGGACAAACCAGACAUCUGGAUUUCACAUUUUUCAAUGGAUAGCUACUGUUGAGAUCAGUGAUGACGGCAGCAUUAAGACAUCGAUGAGAUUUGGCUUUGAUGGAGAAGACUUUAUCAGUUUAGACCCAAACAGAAUGAAAUGGAUCGCAUCCAAUUCCAUCGCAGUGAUGACUAAAGAGAAAUGGGAUUCUGAUGAUUCCUGGAACAACUACUGGAAAAGACACCUGGAAGAAGAAGAUGUUGAACAUUUAAAGAGAUAUUUGGAAGCUGGAAAGGAAUAUUUCACAAGGAAAAUUCAGCCUGAAGUGUUCAUCUCCAGGAGGGAGCCCAAUGGUCAGGACAAGCCGCUCACUCUCUCCUGCCUGGUCACUGGGUUUUAUCCUGUAGACAUCGAGGUGACCUGGCUAAGGAAUGGAAAGGUCAUGUCUGGGAUAUAUUCCUCGGGGGUUCGACCGAACCACGAUGAGACCCAUCAGAUCCAGAAAGAGAUUGAGAUCAGUGCUGGGGAUGAGGAUCAAUACUCCUGUCAAUUUGAACACAGCAGCCUGGUAGAGGCCCAGCUCUAUCAGUUGGAAAUCCCAGAAAACAGUGUGGUACGUUCCCAUCUUAUACUUUUGAUUGGAUUAAUCGCUGCAAUGGCUGCAAUAUUCGGAAUAAUCAUCUGGAAAAGACCCUGGAGAGGUUCCCCAAGUGGGACCUACACAACAGCUCCCAGUUGAACAGUGGAUCCCAGAUCCGCACGUGGAUCCUGAUUCUGCAAGUGGGACCCUCUCAAGUUGUGUUUCCAUCCCGUCUCAGAAAUGUGAGCAGUGUCACCGUCAGAGGGAUCUUCACGGAUGGUUCCUCCCUCACACUUUCUCAUCUUCACUGUCUUCAGUGGGUCAGUGAUUGAGCUGAAAUGUAGCAAUGUCCUGAACUCCCUCUGAGCGAGUUUUGUCUUGUAGGACGUGAAUCAUUUCUGCACUUCAUGCAAUGAAAUUUUAACUUUUAUGUUAUAGUCUCUAUGAAUUUUGUUACGGUCUUAUUGUUAGAUUGAUAUCUCUCUCACUAUUUAACUUCUACUCUUCUAUUUUUAUUCUCAUCUGUUUUAAGCUGAACUGAUCUGUUUUGCACUUUACGUAAACAGCGUGAUCAAAUGUGAACUUUUAUGUAAACUUCCUUUAUUUUAUUUGUUCACAAUCAU